AUGGCCUCGCUGGGACUGACCUCGAUCCGGACAACCGGCACCAAGAUCGAGAUCGUCAACCAGCUGCUCCUCCCGCACUCCGUCCAGUUUGUCGAGAUCGACUCCAUCGAAAAGGCCCACGAUGCCAUCAAGCGCAUGAUAAUCCGUGGUGCGCCCGCAAUCGCGUCUCUCGCAGCCCUCGCGGUCGCUUCCCAUCUCUCCCUUGCCCUCGACGCUCCGGCCGCCCCGGAGUGGCUCUCAUCCCCUGCUGCCCUCCAGGACCAUGUACAGCCCCUCCUUGAUUAUCUCUACACCGCCCGUCCGACCGCCGUCAACCUCAGCGCUGCCACCCGUCGCCUGACCAGCACCCUCCAGGCCGGCGUCGCCUCUGGCAAGGACGCUCGCUCCAUCGCCCAGAGCCUCGUGGCGGAGGGCAAGGCGAUCGACGACGAGGACGUGUCCCGGAACAGGGAGAUGUCCAGGCGCGGCGCGGAGUGGCUGCUCGAACAGGUCGCCAAGAAGGGCAAGCUGCCGGCAGAGCUGCAGCUCAUGACCGUCUGCAACACCGGGUCUCUCGCAACAUCCGGUUAUGGCACGGCGCUGGGCCUCAUCACCCACCUCCACGAAACAGGCAAGCUCAAGAGGGCGUUCUACACACAGUCCACGCCCUAUCACCAGGGGUCGCGACUGACCGCGUUCGAGCUCCAGUCGCUCAAGAUCCCCUCCACGAUGCUCUGCGACAGCAUGGUCGGUUCGCUCUUCCAACACCACGACAUCGCCGCUGUCGCCGUCGGCGCCGACCGCGUCGCCCGGAACGGCGAUACCGCGAACAAGGUCGGAACGUACAACGCCGCCGUCUUGGCCGCGCGCCACGGGAUCCCGUUCAUCGUUGUGGCGCCGGUGAGCACGGUCGACCUCGAGACCGAGGACGGCAGCAAGAUCCCGAUCGAGCAGCGCCCUGCGCUGGAGGCCUGCUUGGUCCGUGGCGCACUCUACCCCUUCGCCACCGAUGAAGGCGGCGUCAAGCAGCAGGCGACCGUCAUGGUGACGCCGGACAACCUCGACGGGGUCUACAACCCGAGUUUCGACGUCACACCCGCCGAGCUGAUCACGGCCAUCGUGACUGAGAAGGGUGUCGCGGUGAAGGCGGACGGGGCGACGCGUUUCGAUCUCAGCAGCGUCGUGUAA